AUGACAGUAGUACACAUCGGUAAACUUCCCGUCUUCAAUUUUCCUCAUGUCAUGGUUGAACGAGAUAAUUCUGACCCCGGACUCCAAGUAUUAUUCAAAUUCCGCCCCGACGUGUCGGCAGAACACAGGGACACAUUUGUCCGAGAACUCAAGACGCUAAAGUCCCUCUCCUGCGUCAAAGACCAGCGCCUCCUAGUCGGCGGCCCGUCCAUCACGGAUCCCGUGGAGAGGAGCAAAGGCUACCACUUUGCGCUCCUGAGCUUCCAUCAGGACCGCGAGGCACUCGAGACAUAUCAAGCUAGUCCGGAGCAUCACAGGGUGACGAGCACAUAUCUGUGGCCGUUCAAGGAGGAUGUGACUAGAUUUGACUUUGAGGUUGAUGAAGAGGACGAGUACAUGUGCGAGUUUGUGGCAAAGGGGUUGGCAAAUGGUUCGGCGUAG